AUUCAGACUGCCUCACCUUGUGGGAUACUCAAGAGAGGAAGAAAAGCUGCUGGAUCUUGGAAAGACAUCUUGCCAUUGCCACUCCCACCAACACCAAAGUGGCUCUACAAAUAAAGGGAGGCGGCAAAAACCAUGGUGUACAGAGGACAGUAAUGAAACCAGACAUUCAGAACCAAAAUGUCAAGUAUUUAUAAGAGGAAUGUGCUGCUACAAACAUAACCAUAAGUCACAAUAAAUUUAUACCCCCUCCCCCAAUGGAUUCUGGAGGCACAUCAACUGUUCUAACCACUACAGGGCAAACAUAAAAUCAGUCCACAUAGGCAAAAAGGUAUUAGGAGCACACCCUUAUCACUAUUCUAGGUUUGGCAUCUACUGGUUCAACUUACUUUAUUUUAAAAUGUAUUUAUUUAAAAUCUGCUAUACACUGAAUUCUCUUGCAGUCUGAUAACUGAGUUCACAAGGAGAGUGGUUGCUGGUUCACAUUUCUUUUAGUACCCAGCUUUUAUUUAUGGCACCAAUGGUUUAUAAAUCCAAGCUUAUAUCAAAGAUUUAUCGGACCCCAAAGAAUCCUGGGAACUGUAGUUUGUUGAGGCUUAUGAGAUUUGUUAGGACCCCCCCCCCCGUCUGUCAAAACAAGGGGCUCUGUGCAGUUAAAAACAGGGCAGGUGAAAAAGAAACACCUAAUCCAGCAUGGUUAUGUUCUUCAGCUAAAUAGGCCUCAUUGCUUUUCAUUACACUAGUGUCUCAUCCAAACUAGUAUUUUCACAGCCCAGUGGAGCUGAAGCACUUGGAUGAAAACCAGUUUAUUCCAAACGUCUAAUAAAGCUGAGAUGAGCUUCAGCCUUUUCAUUUGAGCAUGAAGGGGUUGUGGAUUUGCAGUCUGGAGGACCCUUAACAUGGGUUCACUUCACAGAGCAUAUAACUCCCAAUAUCAUUCCAACUUCACCGGUUUCCACUUUGCUUCAGGCUCCUGCUGUGGACCUUCAAAAGCACUAAAUCAGGAGUGGGGGUGUAUUUGAUUCUAUGUAUUUUUAAAUUUCAUUCCAUGCUACUCAGAAGAAGAAGAAGAAAACAACUUCACCAUGUGCUAGACCUUCAGGGAGCAGAGUGUUUUUCUCACAGUAUUAUCUCUUCGUUAGUCUGGUGCGAUGGAAGCCACAAACAAAAUGGAGUCACCUCCUUGGCAUUCCACCUGUUUCCAUCUGACUGGUUCAAAGGAGCACUGAGGUAGAACUCAGGCACUCAGCCCACGUUUCCGGACGCCUCGCUACAUUUCCUGUGUGACUUGGUUUCCUUAUUCACAAAAACGAGAAAAUCGAGGAGGUGUGGGAAAACUUGCUGGGACAUCUUCAUCACUUCCAUCCAGUUCUGAACUUCUUGUCCUGCUCCUGAAUCGUGACUCCUGAGAACGGUGUCUGCUGCUGAGCCUGUAUUGUUACAAGGGUGACGGUGAAACUGAGGAGGAGAAAGCUGGCAGCCAGGGACACCCACUGGGCUGGUUGCAAGGAAGGAGGCAGACAAGUGGCGGUUGGCUGAGGUUUGCUGUAAACCAAAGCUGCAAUCCUAGCCCCGCUUGGUAUGGUGCUCUGCCUGGACCUGUCAUGGGCCCAGGAGUCAGCUUCACCUGUUGAGCAGCAUCCUGAAAGAGGAGAAGGUGGAGUGACUCUACAGGAGAAAGCACUGAUGAGAACCAGCUGGCUGUGGCCUUCUUAAACAGAGCUCUCAGCAGCAGUCAGAUGCUGGAAACAAUGCCUGUAGUUUCUGGCCCUAGCUUGCUGCUACCUGCUCUCCAUCAGGAUUCCCUGACCUCUGGACUGUUUGACUUUGUAUGUGGAUUCUGCUCUCAGGUGAGAGCUCCUUCCAGACUCCUAGCCCCUGCUUGCUCAGCAAUGGGACUCAGACGGGGCUACAACAGGACCAAAUAUUGUUGAGCAAAAGUGCAUGGAUCCUUUGCAAACCAAUCCUCUGCUGUCCAAAGUAUUAUACUUACAGGAACCAGACUAGUAACUAGUUAAGCUGGAGAAAGGACGAUGCUAAUGCUUGCCAGUAGGUGGUGCUCUUCACUUGGAGACAACACACAGCCAGAUCUGACUUGGAUGAUCAUAAGAACACAAGAACACAUCAAAUCAAAGUCCAGGAUACAUGUGCCACAGUGACCAACCAGUGACCUUCAAGAAGCCCACAUGCUGCAGAACCUGAGGGAAGAAUAGAGCCACGGCAGGGCGAGAUGCUGAUGAAGGACAACCAGGAAUGGUGCCCAGAGAGAAGGAAAGAGGAGCAGCCCAAGGCAGCAGAUGUGAAUGGCGGAGGACCUCUGCAGGGAGCGUCUCCUUUAAGCCCUGGGGUGGUGCCGGAAAAGGGGAACGGUUGCCAGGAUGAAGGUGAGAGGAGGCUAGGACAAGGGGUCGCCCCAGGCCAAGAGGGCGCAGGUGCCAAGCGACAGCUGCCAAAUGGCUCCAGAAGAGAAGGCCCUUCGGAAGAGGAGAUUUCAGAAGAACAAAGCCUAAGGGCCCCCCAAGGCGAUUCAGGCCUAGGCAAAGGAAACAAGAUGGGCGUAUUAAAAAGAUCAACCAAGGAGGAACUGGAGCCAACCGGAGGGAAGAGGUCUGAGGAAUCCAUGAUGCGGGAGCUCUCUGAGAUGGUGCAGGACGUGGUGAAGAGCAGCAGCUGGUGGGAGAGGCAUGGCAUCGAUGGCACAAUCAUCGCUUUGAGCCUUCUCUCCCUGCCAGUAGGGUUCCUGCUUCUGCGUUCUGACAAUCUGUUCCCUUUCCUGUUGGGCAUUGCCAUCUUGGGUGUGGUACAUCCAACCCUCACUGUGAAGGGGAGCCACCUGGCCACCCACAACGCUCUGGCGGAGUCCAAGUCCUGGGGGAAAAUAUGGGCUGUAUUCUUCCUUGAGGUUUGCUCUGCUUUCACGGCAGAACAGGGGUCCUACAACCAUGUGAAAAUCCACCACGCUUACACAAAUGUCAUCGGCCUGGGAGACUCUAGCACAUGGAAGCUUCCCUUCCUGAACCGCUAUGUUUACAUGUUCAUUGCACCCAUCGCAGUGCCCAUCCUCACCCCUUUGGUAGCCAUUGGCUUGCUCAAAGAAGUUGAAUUGAAGACGGCCAUCCGGACGCUCUGUUGCAUGUUUGUUGGCCUGUACUCCCAUUACUGGCUGCUGAUCAACAUCUCAGGUUUCCAGUCCAUGUGGUCCGCUCUCAGUUGCAUGCUGGUCACACGAGCUCUCCUUUCUCACCCUUACAUCCAUGUUAAUAUCUUCCAGCAUAUUGGCCUGCCAAUGUUCGCAGCUGACAAAAAGCCCAAACGGAUUCACAUGAUGAGCUGCGGCGUUCUGAACCUGCCUCGGAAUCCCCUGCUGGACUGGUCCUUUGGGCACUCGAUCAUCAGCUGCCACGUGGAGCAUCAUCUCUUCCCAGCACUUUCUGAUAACAUGUGCCUGAAGAUCAAGCCAAUUGUUUCCCGGUACUUUAAAGACAAGAAGUUGACAUACAAUGAGGAUUCUUAUUGGUCCCGCCUGAAGUUGUUCCUGGCCAAAUAUGAAGAACUGAUGGUCCACGCGCCACCUAUUUCUGAACUUGUUGGGAUUCAGUGACAACUCUUCUAGGACACACAGCUAUUAUAAACCUAAGGCAAGACUGCUCUUUCCCAGGAUCAAGAAAUUUAGAAUUCAGAUUAGGAACUGGAUCAAGCUAUCAAGGGGAACACCAGCAUGUCUUUUAAUAUCUUCCAUAUGGACAAGUAGAUGACCUUUUGGAUAAGAAACUGCAUCUGCUCAGUGAUGAGUCAAAGGGGAGAUCAGUUGCUCCUAUGCAAGAGAUAUUUUUAAUACUUUGACUCCCCUCCCCGCUCUCUUUUAAUUUUGCACACCGACAACUUUGAUGCAUCCUUCCCAUGAAUUAUAGAGUAGGGAUGGUGAACCUGCAGACCCUCCAGUCAAGACAUUGCUAUAUUAGAGUUUCCAUCAUCCCUGGCCAUGUUUGCUGGGGCUGAUGAGAGUUAUGUUUCAGCAACAAAUGGAGAGCCACAGGUUUGCCACUCCUGCUGUAAGGGCUGAUUCAGGCGUUAUUUCCCCCGCUGCCCCUCAAACAGAUGUAACGUUCAUGUCAGGAAACACUUGCACACAGCAAGAUGGUUGAGUGGUAUUCCCCCGCACAACUUUGGUGUAUGGCUUAGAUCAGACUGAUGCUGAUUUAUGAAUCCACAAUGGAGGAAAUGUCAUGCUGCUUUCCAUACAUUACAACAGACAUGAAGUGUGUGGAGGUUCUGUCUGCAAGGGGGAAAGUAAUACAUGAAAGAUCAAGUUGACUCCUGUCCCAGUGCAGACAGGAUAACUCAGGGACUUUGUUAAACUUAGCUAAAUCACUUUGUCAAGCCUCCAAUCUAGGACAAUUGAAAAGGUGAUACUUCUCCAUGGAAUGAUUGAUGGGCCUUGAAGGCAAAUUUCCAGAACUGCCAAAAUGGAAGUUACCUCUGCAAAUGAUGACAGCCCAUAAGCCGGGGCAACACAACCACCUUGGGUGGUAGACUUCUUAACAAGAAUGAUGUGUGGGGGGGGGAGCCUAUAUUAAAGACUGCUGCUGUGGAAAUUAUUAUGCAAUGGGGGAGAGGAGGUAGGAAGAAAAUGAAUUCUUAUAUUACCUCCCCCCCAAAAAAA